AUGGUUGGCAUGGGGAGACUUAAACUACUGGAUAGUUUAAACAGACGGUACCUAUAUGGCUAUGUUCCCAUACUGCAUUUGUUACUCUUCGUUAUCGAGAUGGCAAUCACCAUGAGGUUGGCAUCGAAAUUCAACUCUUACUAUGCCGAGAGACCAGGUAUUACACUCGCUACACCGCCUGGCUUCGAAGCUCAAGUACUGAUCAUACCGUCUCUAUUAGUUCUAACGACAAUGGUAACCAACGCAGUUCUUGGCGGAAUAGCGGACACCGUUGCACAGUCGAUAACGGCAAUCCGUUCACGGAUAGAAUACAAUCGCCGUAACCGCCGAUCUGGUGACGACCUUAUGUCUAUAGAGAUACAAGAUCUACAAAAGGAAAAGAAACCCCCGAUCAGCGAGCUCGGAUACCCCGGCCGGAUGCCAGCCCCAUUUGAUUUCGAGCGGCUUACACGCUUCAUGGCAUACGGUUUCUUUAUGGCUCCAGUCCAAUUUCAAUGGUUUGGCUUCCUUUCGAGAGCCUUCCCAGUUACAAAGCAGCAUGCAACUCUUCCUGCGAUGAAGCGCGUGGCGAUGGAUCAACUUAUCUUCGCUCCGAUUGGUCUCGUUUGCUUCUUUACAUUUAUGACUGUUGCAGAGGGUGGCGGGCGUCGUGCGAUCAGCAGAAAACUACAAGAUGUCUACAUUCCUACUCUAAAGGCCAACUUCAUUCUCUGGCCAGUAGUGCAAAUUCUUAAUUUUAGGCUGAUGCCAAUUCAGUUCCAGAUAGUAAGUGACACUAUUUAUUCCCCUGUAGCACAGCUGUGGCUGAAAUGGUCUCUAAUGCCUCAAAAACAGCCGUUUGUUUCGUCGAUUGGCAUUGCCUGGACAGCCUACCUAUCUCUCACGAAUUCGUCGGACGAGGAAUAA